AUGGCCGCGGGCUUUUCCCUGUCCCGACUCGUCCCGCUACUCUGUUCCCUCGGUGCCUUCAUCUUGCUGAUGUUGGCCCUGCUCGCGGGGAAUGAUGCUGGCGUCCUAGAAGACUACGACAUCAUAGCCGCAAGUCAAACCUCGUCUGCCGUCAACACCACGGGUCUCGGAAAGAAUCUGAUAGACCGGCUUGCCUCUCGCACCAUCACUACACCCACCAGAACCGUUGAGACUCGAAAUAUUUGCAAUGACCUCCCAAACGUUCUCGGCAAAGCGUGCGACUCGGCAGCCUCAGCGGUGGCCAGUGCCGGAAGUGCAGCCAGCGGCGCAGUCAACGACAUCAACAACGACAUUGCCGACCGCCUGGCCGAGCAGCUGCACAUUCGCGACUUUUAUUCACUGCAUGCCCUUCGGAUUUGUGAAGGCGAUUUCACGCAAGAUGGGCGCCGCAACGUCACGGAAUGCCACCCUGGCUUUGCAGAAGUCGGAUUUUCCAUCCCCGCCCUCCUCAACAAGACCCUCACCCUCGACGUCGGGCCGCUGCUCAACCUCAACCUGUCCCUUUCCGACCUGGGGCUGACGGCGGACGUCGAGUUGGCGCUGGACAGCCUCAACUCGCUCAUCAAAGCCAUGACGGUCCUGUUUGCGCUGGGCGUCGGAUUCACAGGCCUCACAUUUCUCGCUUCGGUAACGAGCAUGUUUAUCCCCGACGACGGCGUCAGUAGUGGUCUGGUACUUUGGUCAAAUCUGGGCGCCGUCUCGUUGGCGUUGCUCUUUCUUAUCCUGGGGGGGCUGCUGGCGAGUAUCGGCGCUAGGGUUGCUCAGGAUAAGAUCAAUGCCCUCGGAAGGACCAUCGGGUUGAAUGCUGCUGCAGGGACCAAAUGGCUUGCCAUUGCAUGGGUUGGGAUUGGGUUGAUGGUUGCGGUGGCGGGUUAUUGGAUUGCAGCUGUUGUACGACUGCGGAAAAGGAGGAAAGAAAAGGUGAAUUACGAUGACGCCGAGGGGCGAAAAGGAACACAGAGCAUGAGUAUGGGAGAGAAAGAGAGCUGGAGCCGAGUCAUAUCCUCGCGGUUUCCAGGACGAAAAGGGGGAGUACCGAAUGCCUAG